AUGUCUGUGAGCUACCCCACCCCGCUGUACUCUCAUGCGGGUCGGGGAGACUUCCGUGACGUGUACGAGCCCGCGGAGGACUCGUUCCUGUUGAUAGACGCUCUGGAGAAGGAUGCGGAGAGGCUGAAGGCGAUGUGUCCCAGGUUGUGUGUGGAGGUGGGCAGCGGCUCUGGAGUGGUCUCUGCGUUUCUGGCUUCUGUGCUCGGACCCUCGGCUCAGUUCAUCUGCACAGAUGUGAAUCCAGCGGCUGCGUCGUGCACGGCCAAAACAGCCUCCUGUAAUAAUGUUUCCUUACAGCCUGUCAUUACUGAUUUGGCAGAUUGUCUUAUGCCUCGGAUGAAUGGGAAAGUGGACGUGCUGCUGUUUAACCCUCCCUAUGUGGUCACGCCUUCAGAGGAGGUGGGAAGUUCAGGAAUAGAAGCUGCUUGGGCUGGAGGGGAACGAGGGAGAGAGGUCCUGGACAGAUUCCUGCCAAUGGUUUCAAAACUUUUGUCCAAAAACGGGCAAUGUUACCUCAUUACCAUCAUUGAGAACAACCCAGAUGAAAUCAUCAGUAUAUUGGGGCAGUCUGGACUGAGUGGAGAGGUGUGUUUAAGCACGAGGGCCGGGAACGAGAGGCUGUCAGUGCUGCGCUUCAGAUGGAGAGGAGCGUGA